AUGGCUUCCCUCCCAUUACCCGCCUUCUCAUCCUUCACAAAAUCAUGGCAUGCUGAACCAUAUCCAUUCAUCUCACCAAUAAGACCGGAGCUCUCCGCUGCUGGCAAGAACGUUGUCAUCACUGGUGGAGGCACCGGAAUUGGUCAAGCUACUGGUAUCGCCUUUGCACAAGCUGGCGCCAAAUCCAUCGCAAUUGUCGGCCGAAGGCUUGAAUGUCUUGAAACUUCAGUAAAGGCUAUUCAGACUGCCAACCCCUCGACCCAGGUUCUGUUUGAAACUGGAGAUGUCACUAAGUUUGAGUCCAUAAGCACCGCGCUCAAGAACAUCGUUGAUAAACUUGGCAAAAUCGACAUUUUUAUCGCCAACGCUGGCAUGUUACCAAAGGCCGGCCCAGUCUACGGCUACGAUGAAGCUCAACUCCGCCAAGGUCUUGAGAUCAAUGUCAUUGGCGCUUUCAAUUCUCUUCAAGCAUUCGUACCCCUCGCAGCUCCCGGUGCAAAUGUCAUCUACACCGGGUCUGGCAUAGGUCAUUGGGCUCCAAUGGCUGAGGUACCUGGUGUGUUCAGCUACGCUGCAGCCAAGGCAGCCGCGUUGAAGAUGGUUGACUACUUCGCGUUUGAGAACCCGAAUAUCCAUGUCGUGAGUAUUCAGCCUGGUAUCAUUGCGACGGGAAUAAAUCCCGAUGUCAGUGUCGGGUUUGAUACAGUGGAAUUGCCAGCUCACUUUAUGGUAUGGCUUGCUUCGGAGGAAGCUAAGUUCUUGAAGGGCAAGUUUGUCUGGGCGAAUUGGGAUGCACAAGAGCUUUUGAGCAGAGCAGAAGAGAUCAGUUCAUCUAUGCUCUUGAGAGUGACUUUAAAUGGCGUUUUCAUGUAA